AUGCGUGAUUGGUUCAGGGCAAGAAGGGAGAGUUCUAAUCCAGGUAACAAUCUGCAUGUGUCUGGGCUCCCAACGGAUGUCGACGAUGAAGCUCUCAAGGCAGUCUUUGUCAAAGUUGGCCGUGUGCAAAAAGUUUCGAUCAUGUGUGACCCACAUACCAAGGAUUCUCGCGGCUUUGCCUUCGUGACCAUGGAGACUCCCGAAGAGGCGGAAGCUGCCAUCAAUGAAUUGAACGCCACGAAGCCGUUUGGUAGUAAAGUCAUGUCUGUUGAGAAGGUUUCGUAUAUCUCUUCACACGUAGUUAUCAUUUAUUCUAAAUGCCACGCCAGGCAAGACGUGCAAGAGCUAGAACGCCUACUCCGGGAAGGUAUUAUGGACCCCCGAAACGCAGAGAAAGUGUGUACUUAUGUUCACUAUAACUUCAUUCUCCUUCUCAUCGUUGAUACCUGUAGAUGA